AUGCCCCCUCGAUUAAGGCUCUCGUCAGUUCGACGCCAAUUCCCUGUUUGCCAACAUGAACUCCGAAUUACGAGGAGCGCAAGCACCGCUCCAGCUGUUACACCCGCAGCUCCUAUUGAGCAGAUGAGACACUCGCCAGCUCCCAUUUCCAGAUUCCCUCCUACUCAGCCACCUUCCCAUCGCAAUCCCGAAUAUCGCCGAUCGCAGCUCCUGCGAUCAUACACCUCCCUCCUCCGCACGUCUCCUCUCAUUGUGCUGUUCCAACACAACAACUUGAAGUCCAUGGAAUGGGCUGCCAUUCGACGAGAACUGACCAACGCCUUGAAGAAGGUGGAUGACAAGAUCGCCGCCGAGGGCCGGACAGCUCCUCCUCUCGCUCCUUACAUUAAAAUCCAGACUAUCCAGACCAGUAUCUUCGAGGCGGCUCUGCGCAUUGUCGACUACUUUAAGCCGAGUGAGGCCUCGCUGGCCUCAGGACGCCCCCCGCGUGCCAUUGAUCCCGUCACGCAAACCUCCGCCGAGCUCCCUGCGGUUUCCGGUUCCAAGGACGACCCAGCCCUGACACACGAUCUGUCUCGCACUGCCCACGCCGCAGUGAAGAACCUCAAGGGCAUGCACGACCUUUCGACUCUCCUUGUCGGACCCGUUGCUGUUCUAUCCAUCCCCAAUGUCUCGCCAGAGCACAUGAAGGCCGCGCUAUCGAUCCUCACCCCCAAGGAGGCCGGCUUCCCUGCUCCCACUCGCAAGGCCAACCCUGAAUACCACGACCCUAUCGUCCAGAACGGUCUCCGCAAGAUCAAUUUGUUGGCCGCUCGUAUCGAUAACCAUGUCUUCGAUAUCAACCAGACCAAGUGGGUUGGCAGCAUCGAGGGUGGCAUGGACGGCCUCCGCUCCCAGCUUGUCACUGCCUUGCAGAGCAUGAGCUCCAGCGUUGCCUCCACCCUGGAGGGAACAGGAAAGAGCCUCUACUUCACCAUGGAGAGCCGCCGCAGUGUUCUGGAAGAGGAAGAGAAGGGACCGGAAGGCGACAAGAGCGAGUCGUCUUAA